AUGGCGACCGAAGUGGGAUCGGACAUCGCACUUAUACAAGAUGAGGAUAUGUUACGGAAAAUGUGGCAACAAACCGAGGAUUUCGGUAAGAAGAAAGAGAUUCGUAUGAGGAUGUAUAAACUUCGAGAACAACGUCUUAAAGAGUUUUAUACGACAGGAGAAAUGAUUCAAACGGAAACAACAUCUAAACGCUCAUCAACUAGAACGCAUACUGAAUCUAUUACGGAUCAAGGAUUUAUGACUAUGAAAACUAAAGAGAUCCGGGAUUCAGAAUCUCCGACAGAAGAUUAUCAACGACAAUCAAAUGCUAAUAAAAAUUAUUAUGUGUCAUCGAAAAUUGAUGAAUCGGAUGGCAAUAGAGGAAUUGUUGAAAUAGAACAGGCCAGCUCUUUAAAGCCAAAUGAAGAGUAUACUCAAAAUUCAUUGCAAACGUCCAUGUCUAGCUCUACGUCAACUAAAUGGAAAUCGUCACAGACUACUAUUUCUGUAUCAGAAGAAGUUCAAAAGGCUGAGGUAAAUUUGAAUUCCAAAUUUAUUGUCAAUGAACAGAAUAACGAAGACAGUCAGUUGAUAUACGAUACGUCAUAUAAUAAUUCAGACAGCUCAAAUAUUGAUAGUAAGGUAACUGAAUCAAUAUCUAAUACAAACGUAGACAAUAUUAAACGAGAUGAUAGUAAUAAAUAUUCAAAUGCUCAUCAUAAAGUUAUAGAAACGUAUACAUCCAACGGUGAACAAUUUGAGCCUGUAUCAGAAAAUAUAUCAAAUACAGACAGUAAUUUUAUAGAAAAUACAUACAUCUCAAAUGUUUCAUCAAACAAGUCCGAAAAUGUUGAGAAAGUAACGGAUAGUAAAAUUAUAAAUGAACUUCAUAAAUUGGACUCUUAUCUAUCCACUCAGCAGUCAACUACAGAUUCUUCUACCAAGUCAAAUUCGAUAGUUUCUAAUGAUGAUAAGAUAAUCAAGAAAGUUGAGGAUAAAGUUAUUGAUACAUCAAAAGAACAUAUCGAAGGUCAAAAUAUCACCACAUAUCAACAUUCAUACCAGCCACCUAGGAUUAGUGUUGAUUUGAGUCCAUCGCAUGAUGCUUUUGCUAAGAGCUUACGAUCAACUCCAGAAAGGUCUAGUCCAUCACCUUCCAGAGAGCGUACAAGUCCAGAGCGUAGAUUUAAAUCUGCUAGUCCUGAAAAGUAUAGAGCAUCGCCAGAGAAAUCAGGAAGUCCUACUAAAUCACUCAAUUACUCUACAAGAAGAAGAUUGUCAUCCACUCAAACAAAAGGUUUAUCAAAAAAACGAUCUAAUACACCCACUCGAGGUGACAAAUACGACUCUUCGGACGAUUCUGAUUGUUCUGGUGCAACUCAUGGCACUUAUGAUAAGUAUAAAGGUUGUGACGCUAAAAAAACCUUGUUUAAGGAAGAAAAAAAAAUUACUUCAACAUUGAAGUAUGGCCAAAAAUCCUCAUCAACAAGUCCAGUACGAAGAGAAAAAUCUCCUGGAUAUAGCAGUGAAGGGUCAGUUGGAAAAGAAGUAAGAAAGUCCUCGUCUAAAGUGAAAAAUAGCUCACAUGAAAGUAGCCCUGAAAGAAGUGCGUUUAAACCAGUAAAUAAUUAUAAGACACUUAUAACUCAACAAGUUACUCAGGAUAAUAAAAUAAAUCGUAUAACACAGGAAGAUAAUGUAUACACAAACAAUUAUAAUUCUAAAAAUAAAAUUAGUGAUGACAAACAUUUAAUUAAAGUUAUAAAACCUGAAAUCGAUAAUGAUUUAAAUGAAAAAGAAAAAGAAAAUACAGAACGGACCACAAAAAAUACUGAAAAUAAUAUCAUAAAUUCAAAAAAUAAUUCGAUUCAAGAAAAAUUCAUCACAGAAGAACAAGUGUGUACAUCUAUUGAGCACGUGGAUACUGAAAAAAUAACAACACAACCCACGUAUAGCAUUGAAGUAAACAUUUCAUCUAGGGAUAAAUCACCCUCAAAGAGUGUUAAGAAGGAAAAUAAAACAAAACAAGAUGAAUUUAUUGAAAACGAAAAAUCAAAUGUAACUAAACAGAGCACUAUUAUUAAUGAUGUAAUAACAAUAAAACCGAAAGAAAAAUCUCCAGUAAAAGAAGUUAAACCAGUUACCAAAGAUACUAAAAAAUACUCAACCAUUAAGUCGUCGGAAAAUAUAACAAAUACUUCUGACAUUAAAUCUGUUACACCUUCUAAAAAAACAAUUUCAACAGUACCAUCGUCGAUACCUUCGCCAAUUAAGAAAGUUGUACCUUCAACUUUAGAGAAAACCCCAUCUAAAAAAAACCUUAUACACAAGGAUUCAAAAGACACUUUAUUAAAUAAAACUGUUAAAAAAGACCUUUCAAGAGACAAGAUGGAUAUUAAAAUUACAAGAAGUGAUAGUAAGACUUUGAUACAUAAAAAUUCAAAAGAACGUAUCACACCAAAAAUGGUCAUCAAAAAGCCCAGUCAUGAAUUAUUAGUAGACAAAAAAACUACGAUAUCGUCUAGACAAAAAGUUACUAGUCCAGAAACUAAAACCAAGACUCUGGAAACAAUCAAAGUUCUCGAGAAGAAAGACUCAAAAAAUAAACUUAAACCUUCAAUUAGUCCACAAUCUUCACAAAAAAAGUUAGGUCUUGUAAAAUCAAUUACUGAAACAAAAACAGUAGAUUCUAAAAAGCCUACAGGAAACAUAUACUCAAAGAGGAUUCCUUCUUCGAAUGUAAUUAAACCUAGAACACAUAAUUCACCAAAAUCUGAUAUAAAUGAAACUCCAUCUAAAGUAACAAAACCGAAUACCAAAACUAUCUCAACCUCAUCCAUAGCUAAGCCUCAAAUCAAGAAAACAACUUAUUACAAUUCAAAUAAAACUACAAAAGUAGAAAUUACUAAAAAUGUAGGACAAAAAUCAAACGAUUUAGAGAAUGAAUUGCCUCCAGAUAAUUUUGAAAGUGAUACUGACUUAGACGAUUCCACCAACCAACCAAAAUAUAUUAAAAAUAUAUCAUCCAAUUCAUCAACAUCCUCUUCGUCUUCGGACGAAGACGACGAGGACAGAGAAGAUAUAAGAAAAAUUCAAGACAUUGAUAAUAUAAGAAUUGAAGCUGAAGAAGAAUACGGUAAAAAAAUGACAAACAAAGAUGCAUUAUUAAAUGUUAUUGUUCAAUUACCUCCAUCGUCUAGAGAAUCAUCACCCGAGUAUUCUGCGAGAUUUGGCCAGCCAUAUUGUUCAGUAUCAGACGAUGCAAGUUUGCCAAGAUAUGCCGAUGUUGUAAGUGAACCAGAAGAUGUCAAUGAUUACAGUUUACACAGUAACAGAUAUGAUGUAGUAACAGAUUUAGAUGAAGAAAGUAACGUCACAGUUGCUGACAGAGUUUCAAAGUUUUUAAAUAAUGUCAACAAGCAAGAAGAAAUUCAAAAAACUACGGAAAUACCUCAGAGUCCUCAAGCAGUUAGAAAAACCAAACAAAUAUUUGAAUCUAUUGCAAAAGGAAAAACUGAAGAGACCGAUAUAAAUGACGUAAUCAAAUCGGAAACAAUGAAUAUUGAAACUGAAGAAGUUCAUGAUUUAUCAAAAAAUAAUAACACACCAUCUUCUCUUUUGACAAGAAAAAUUUCUGGAGCAUCUGAUUAUAAAACUAGGAAAGACUUCUUUGAGAAUAAAAAAUCGAAUGACGUAUCCGAAAAAGUAACACAUUUAACCCCCACUAAAAUAACAAGAUCAUCGUCGAUAAAAGACAGGCGCGCAUCGUUUGAAACAAAUAUUGAUAAAAAAACACCAUUGAAAGACAAAACCAAUGUACCGAGAACAAAAUCACCAGAGUCUAAAAGUAGCUCUCCUGAUCGAACAACCAAAACUCCCAUAAAAAUAAGCAAGACAGAAACAUUUGACGUUAAAGUUGAAGAAAUAAAUAGAUCUAGAAGACUAUCGGGAUCAAAAAGUGUGAAAGACAGAACAGCUACUUUUGAAAAGAAUGAACCUACUCAAAAAUCGUACAAGGAAAAUAAAACUACUUUUAGACACCAAGUGCCAAACACACCUUUAAAUACAAGUAGGAUUUCAGAAACGCGUAUUAAGUCAGCCACAGUGACCGACACUAAAACUGCAGAUCGUGUCUUAAGUAAAAGAGUCAGAAGUCCAGAAAAACCUUCAGCUACCGAUUCGAUAAUUAAAACCAACGAUAGUGCAAGCAAAAAAGUACCAUCAAAAAGUCCCGAUAGAAAAAUCACCGAAACUCCAAAAAGAAAUAGCACAGCUAAAAGCCCCGAUAGGCAAAUAACAGAAACUCCAAAAAGAAAUAGCACGGCUAAAAGCCCUGAUAGACAAAUCACGGAAACUCCAAAAAGAAAUAACACUGCUAAAAGCCCUGAUAGACAAAUCACGGAAACUCCAAAAAGAAAUAGCACUGCUAAAAGCCCUGAGAGAAGUGCAUUUAUCAAAACAAAAGAAGAUACUAGUGAAAAUCGAAGUACACGAGAUACAAUUUCAUCAUUAUCCAAACAGCGAGCCGCUAUCACCACUGUUAAAACUGAUUUUGGAGUAACAAUGAAAAGUACAUCAACGCCAAAAACUACAGUAACAACAACAACAACUCAAUUGAUUUCUGCCCAUAACGCUGAUGACGAAGUGGAGAUCGAAGAAAUAUUUGAUUUACGCAUUUUAGAGACUAUGCUUGAAAAAGCAGUUGGUUACGACCGUAGGAGACGAAUAAGAGCACAAAUUCGAGUAGUGAAACGUCAAUUAGAGACAAACAGCGGAAAAGCAACCAACACUACAACACGUGUUACAAAGAACUUUCAAGAUGUUUUGCCAGCCAAGACACAAAAACAAAGUAAUGUUACUGUUGAAAAAACCGAGUAUGUUAAGAAACUUGAAGUUAAAAAGGAAAGAAGUGUUUCUCCACAAAAAUCGUAUGCAAAUCCAAUUGGCAAUUCUCGAUCUCCUUCACCUCAAAAGACUCUUAGGUCAGUUGUGGAAACUCGAACACCAUUGCCUACACAAAAAGCUGUUCGAACAAUUGAAAAUGAACGAUCUAAUUCACCUCAAAAAACUGUGACAUCAGUUGAGAAAGUUCAAACUCUUUCAUCUCAAAAAAUAACUCCAAUUGAAAAAGUCCGAUCUCCUUCACCUCAAAAGAGUACUCCAACUGAAAAAGUCCGAUCUCCUUCACCAAAAAAAAUGUCUGUUGUCCAGAAACAACAAGAUUCACGAUUCAACAAAAAUGAAAAGUCUUCUCGAAAUUCUACUAUCACCUCUACCUCUACAACAGUCACCAAAACUACCAAAGUAAAAAGUGAACAAGUCAGCAGCAGCACAAACCUUUAUCAAGAACAAAACGUUACUGAUUUGAUUACAUCCAGCUACGGCGUAGGUCCCACUGACGACAAUGGUAGACCGUUGUUCGGAUUGAGAGCUCUGAGGAAAACCAACGCCAAUCAAUCGGUCGUGAGCGAGAACGAUUCGUCGUCGUCUGUCCGUCGCGAAACCGAAUCACCCGACACUCGGGCUUCUGAUCAAAAACAUAAGUCGUUCGGUCUGAGAGCACUUCAAUCCGAGAACACGUAUACGGUACAAGAGUCGUCGAGCACUGUGUACCAAACAGCGUCCGAUCAAAAAGGCGGCGUCGAUCAGUUGAUCACCGACCAUAAGGGCAAACCUCUGUUCGGGCUGAAAGCGUUGCAGAGCAUCGGCAAAAACGAAGAAGAACCUAUUUACGACGACAUGCCGGAACCGCCGGUAUCCCCACAGCUAAAGGAUCUGGUGCUCAAGCACGAAAAACACGCAAAAGAAAGUUCGAAGUUGGAGUCACAACCUCGACAAAAACCAAAAGCAAAAUUCAGAGAUAGUUUUAUACUUGAUACUAAAGAUGAGGGUUUGUAUUCAACUUUCGAAGAAAAUGGAUUUACAGACCCCAACGAAAUUACUUCGUUGCGUUCGAUUAUUAAAAAAUCAGAAGAUGAUCAAAACAGUGAAACUAUAGUUAAAAGUAAAAGUCAAUCAACAGUAUUUCAAUCAAAGAGUGUUAUGCGUUCCGAUGGAUCUGGAAACGUUUCAGUCACACAAGAUUUCUUGAAAGGUGAAUUGUCUUCUGUGAAUGAACAAGAACCAUCAGGAAAACUUACUCGGGGACAUUAUACCUAUCAGAGCCCAGACAAUUUAGAUGCCAAAAAGGGCAUUGCUAAAGUCACUACAGUGACAACAGCUAUCGGCAAAGAUACUGGUCCCCAAAUUACUGAAAUAACCGAAGAGCUCAGUGAGAAUGAUCGUGUUGACGGAAAUAAAGUAGUAAAAAGAAGCCGAACCAAUGAUAAAUUUGAAAAUAUCCAGAAAAGGUUUAGCCAAGAAAGUUUUAGUCAAGACAGCAGGCGUUCGUCCAAAGAAUUAAAUGGACAUGAAAAAUCUGAAGUAUCACCACAAUCCACUCCAAGAUCAAGCUUGGUGCGCGGAGAUUCAAUCAAGGCGCUUCAACAUAAAUUUCAACAAGCCACUGUUUCAUCUAGCUUGAAACAGAACAAAACGGCUAAAUCUGAAAUGUCUAGUAACUCACGACAAGUUGAAGAAAAAACAGUAACUACUAAAGUGAAUACAACAAAAAACAGUGGAACUGCUACAUCCUUCCUUGACAACAAUUCAAGAGUGACUGGUGUACAAGAUGUUUUAACCAGAAUGCGAAAUGCCGAUCUAGUUGUUGAAAGUGGUGAUACCAAUGAAGACAUUGAAGCCCGAGCGUUACUUAACAAAUUUUUGGGUGCAUCAGUCAUCCUUCAUGGAAUGGAACAAGGAAACAAAUUGCCUACUUCAAAUAACACUACAAGUAGCGCUGCGCUUGUUAACCAAGUUGAAAAACAAAGAGCACAGAAAUCUCCUGUGAUUAGGAAGAACCUAAACGAACAAGAACUCGAUAAUAUUUGGGACGAAAAACAAUUACAGAUUUUGUUGGAAUCUUGCCCAGACUACGAUCAAAGGAAAAAAAUCAGAGCCAGGUUAAGGCAAAUCAUGGCAGAACAUAAAGCGUGUACGGACGUCGUCGCCCUGGCUGGCCUUACAGACAACACCACGAGCAACGGAAAAAACGGUGAGUUAUUGAAGCCUAUGUGUAAUUUAAAUGUAAAACCUUUUGCGACCGCGGUCGAUGACUCGGGUACUGAGUCGGGCGAGGAAGUGAACCAAAAGAUAUUGGUGCAAGUGCAAGGGGCCUUGGCCAAUCUAGAGAGCGCGUUGCCGGCCCUGGACCCGCUCAGGCGUUCGUCCGUUGUCGAACUGCUGACGAAACUGCAGACCAGCCUGAAGUUGUCGUCCGUCGACCAGACCGGAAAACCGACGCCGCCGCCCCGGAAGUGCUGGAACCGGAAGACCGCGGGGCGGCAGGACCGACACACGGUCGGCGUAUCGUCCGAGGAGCUGCAGGACGCCAGGCGAUGGCUGGAGGAGAACGGAUACGGCGGAACCGGGACGCCCGCAUCCUCGACACCCGCAGCGGCGUCCGCACGCAACACGCCGCGAAGCUAUGAAGUGGCCGCCCCAAAGACGUUCAGGCCAGUUAAAUUCGUGCCGCCGCCGCCUAAACGCACCAAUCACUUGGCUGAGGACUGCGUCAUACCGGAACCGUCUAGACAUGCGCUGCAGAACUGCAACUCGUUCGCAUGUCCGCCGGCACAGCACGUAAUAGUCGAAGACUUGGACUGCAAGAGACGUAAAACUUCCACCACGACGACUAUAUCGAUACGUGAUUCGUCCGACUCGUCUGCGGGUGGGUCAUCGUCGUCGUCUUCUUCCGGUGACGACGACGACGACGAAGAAGGCAGAUCCGUUUCAUCGGCACAGCGAUUGCUACAGUUCGCGUCCAACGAUCAUUGCCGCAAGUUACGGGUGCAGGGAAAGCGCGUGAAACUGAAACGCGGUGCGGCCGGUGAGCGGGAACGUUCGUCCGGAGACGACGAUGAAUACCGGCCGCGGCGCGUCCCGCACGUCAAGGAACCGCCGGCCACUACUUCUAGCGGCGGUGUGCCCUUGUUCGAACCUAAAACGGCCAACGAUAAGAAAUACUUAGCCCUAUUGCGCCACCAGGCCGAGACGGACGAAAAAGCAGCCACAGCGUCGGCUUACAACCCGUUGCAGGGCAAACUACAGGGAAACUGGGGCAACCGUUUUGGUCGGAUAAAGACGACGUUCGAAAGGAGGGUUGGCGGCGGUGCGACGACCACCGCGUCUGCCGCUGUGUCACCAAAUAGGAACGUAGCGAAAACUUUCUGGCACGACAUUUGCAAAUGUCCAUCGGAUGACAGCAUCAAUUAUUACCGAUCGAAGAAGAUUGCUUCGUUUAAGCCCAACGCCGCCACCGACCAGUGGGCGGGACAGAACCGUGGGUUUUCACACGGCGCCCGGUCCGCGUUCAAGCCGGUUCAGCAGCAGCAACAACAACAACAACAGCAACAACACCAACUUAAACAGCAACAACAGCAGUUCGCGCCACUGAAGCCGGUCCCGAAAAUAGAGACGUCGUUAUUAGAGCCACCCCGAACAGUCGCUUACCCGAAACGUCUGCCAUUGUACAACAGUUCGGUAACCACGGCCCACAGGCCGUUCGUGUACUCAGACGCGUCCGACGAGCCGGUGAGUCCUCCCUCCCCGUAUUACGAAUGCGUGCCGCAGCCGGCCACUGUGGUCAGUCGGGUUAUGGGCAGCCCACAGACGGCCACUUUAGUCAAGAGCAAGCAAAGAUCCGAUCAGGUUGGUGGCGGCCCGACUCAGUUGUAUACGUCGCCGUCGUUAAAAACGAUAUCGGCGCCGGUCCGCCAGCCCGUGCCAGCAGCAUCGUCGGUAAAAGCGAUUUCGGCACAUCACAAAAGUCAGCCUUCUACUGCGCCCAAACCGCCGACUAGGAGUCCGCGGGUGGUGACACAACAGAGGUCGCCUACCACCUCGCCGGUGCGCAUGCCGUCCGUCCUGCAAAAGUCCGAGUCCUGGCACCAGAUGAUCGUAGGCCAGAGCAGAGCGGCCGCUCGGUCACCGCUCCCACACAUACCCGCGGCCGCGCCGGUCAGACACGCGUCCGCCCCGUACGAGGGUUUCAUGCAGUGCAAACGAGAGAUCGCACAGAAGCAAAGCAUUGUACGGCAACACUUGCUUUCCGCCACCGAGUCCUCGUCCGCCUGCAGACGCACGUCUCCGAAAGUGGUCAAACUCAACGACGACAUUGACAAAGUGGAUGACACGUUCGAAAGCCUUUUCAAAGAGGCCACCAGACCGUCCAAAUAG